AUGGCAUUGGUCCCGGCGAUGUGGCGCAGUGCGUCGUGUGAGGAUUUUGCGCUGAUGAACACCGCACCUCCAGACGAUGUCGAGCGCUCGCGCAUGGUCAAGGUCAUCCAGGGUACGUGGGUUAACGUGGACUGCCCGGCUGAGAGGUACACCGUUGUUGGACAACACGUUACGCGCAGCGACGUUCAAGGCUGUCGCCACUUCACCCUGUUCUGGGAUCCAAGAAGGAGCCAGCUGCAAUGGGGCACCCAGGGCAGGCUCUACCUUGCUUGCCUUGGUGAUGGCCUGGUGGCCUGGGUGCCAAGCAGGUACAGCUCCCGCGCCUGGCGAUGGCAGCGCACAGCAAUACCGCCGCAGCUGCCGCCACUCUGGGCACCGCUGCCGUGUCAGCAAGGACUUUCACCUCACCCUGUGAUGCGGGUGCCAGCCGACCACGGCUUUGGCUACGGUCCUUGGCGAAGGCCCUACGGCGCGGCUCUUCGCAGUUGGGGGCCAGGCUACGGAGGUCGUCCGACGGACUUCCCUCGCCGGAACUGGAACCAUGGCUAUGGCCGCAGCUUCCAUGGUAAUCGCAACAUACAAGGCAUGAACCUGGAGACUUCCCGCCUGGCCUGUGGGCUUUCAAGCACCGAGGUCUUCGAUCUCCUCUUUCGGGACAUCACUCCGGAUGACUAUGAGACCCUGCUGCGCCUCGAUGAGUCGGUCGAUCGAUCAAGGUCCACCGCCAGUGCUUCCUGCAUCAGCAGCCUGAAGAAGGUGCCGGGCAAAGAUCUGGUCGGCGAGAUGUGCUCGGUUUGCCUGGUGGCCUUCGACGACAACGCUGUGGCGGCAGAACUGCCGUGCGGGCACCACUUUCACUUCGACUGCGUGAGCAAGUGGCUGGCCGAGUGCCGCUCCGCUUGCCCGCUCUGCGGCGAAGACAUCGGCACGCCGACGGUCGCCAAGAGCAGCGCGGAGUCCGGCAGAUCGGGCGAACUUUUGUCGGAAAGGUCAAGCGCUUCAACGGAUCGAGUUUAA